AUGAGUUUUAGUGAAGAAUGGGCUUGUCGACUCCUCACAUUCAUACACGGUUGCGUUGUUUCCCUAUCCGCCAUAUGGGAUCUCAUUGUAAACAGAGAGGAUAUGGCACUGCAAAACGUACCAUUGACGAACGAACAAAAAGGAUACCUGUCAUUUUCACUUUCUUAUUUUUCAUUUGAUUAUUUAUGGAUAUUACUUUUUGGAAACGAUAUAUGGGUCAUACACGUACAUCACAUAGUAGGAAUAUUAAUUAUAACCAAAGUAAUGAUGUACGAUUUCGGUGGAAUCGGAGUCUCCAUUGUCAUUAUUGGUUUAGAAUGUACGAAUCCUUAUUUGCAAGCAAGAUGGUUUCUUCGGACAUACGGUUACAAUCAUAAACCCAUUCAUACAUUUUGCGAACUUUGGUUUUUCUUCAUGUUUUUCAUGAUACGGAUGAUCGGUGGAACAAUAUUCCUUUUUUACACGUGGAAUUUCGCCGAGGAUCUUAUAAUUAAAAUAUUAAUCACGUGCAUAUACGUAAUAUCAGUGAUAUUGGCUUGGGAUAUAUCUAAAUACAUCAAAAAAAAAUAUUGGGAUAAAAGAAUGCAAUUACACACAUCAAACCGUGGUAACUCCGAACAAAAUGAUAUCGAUUUACAAAAUCAAAAUGAUUAA